UCGCGCGGAGCAGCGGGCGGAGCGGAGCGGAUCGCCAGGUCAGCCAUGUCAUCUGAGCCUCCUCCAUCACAGCCUGCCACCCACCAGUCUUCGCCUGGGCUGCUGGACACCCAGCAGGCCCGAGAUCGCUCACCGUCCCCGCUUCGGGGCAACGUGGUCCCGAGCCCACUGCCCACUCGCCGGACAAGGACCUUCUCAGCGACGGUGCGGGCCUCACAGGGUCCUGUCUACAAAGGAGUCUGCAAAUGCUUCUGUCGGUCCAAGGGCCACGGCUUCAUUACACCGGCCGACGGCGGCCCCGACAUCUUCCUGCACAUCUCUGACGUGGAGGGGGAGUACGUCCCCAUGGAAGGCGACGAGGUCACCUAUAAGAUGUGCUCCAUCCCGCCCAAGAACGAGAAGCUGCAGGCCGUGGAGGUGGUCAUCACCCACCUGGCGCCGGGCACCAAGCACGAGACCUGGUCCGGCCACGUUGUCAGCUCCUAGGAGAGGCCGGAGGCGCCCCUCCUCCCGGGCCCGGGAGAGACUCUGAGGCCGGAGGAGGCAGGACCAAACUGGAGAGGACAUUCUACCGCUUGAGAUGGGGCUUCAAGGGGGGAGCGUGGUCCCUUUCAAGUGUCUCCUGCAGGAAGGGGUGUGGGGUGCUCUCGGCCACCAGCCUAGCCUCUGACCAUCGCAACCAACAUCUCACCGUCUGAAAAGCAUUAAAAGCAUUGA